AUGGAAAAUCGUAGGGGUGUUGAACGAGGUUCAUAUAUAUGGGGGCGCAGUGUACACAACAUUCGCAUCGAACGUCUCUGGCGUGACGUGACCCAGGGCUUCGGGAGGAAAUGGAAGCAAUUCUUCCAGCUCCUGGAGGAUCAUCAUGACCUGAAACCGAACCUGGAUGCUCACGUCUGGCUACUGCAUCAUGUAUUUCUUGAUGCUGUGAAUGAUGAUGCUUUUCAGUGGGCAGAAGCCUGGAAUCAUCAUCGAUUACGCAUUCCGGAUUUGUUCUUCUUCAGCAUGAUUCAGAAUGGUGCCCGGGGCUAUGAUCCUACUUUGCUUCCAGGUGACAGUGAGGUUGGCGAGAUACAGGAAUAUGGAAUUGAUUGGGAGGAUUACGAUGAUGAUGGCAUUCGGAAUCAUCAUGAUGAUGCGAACACUACUGAUUCAGACGACCAGGCUCAAAACCCUUUCUUCACGCAUCGACCUCAGCAUCUCUCUGAUAUUCACGUUCCUGAAACAUACAGCCCUUUGAGCUUUCAGCAAGUGGAACAUUUGGAUGAUUACCUUGCAGGUCAUCUGGACAAUGGAUCACAGAGCAUGGACAGGCGAAGGUCACUUUGGGUAGAUGCACUUAACUUCUGUGUCGAUAUGUUCAAUGUCUCCUUACACUCAGAUACAGAUUCCACCUAA